CUUGCUCCCUACCUCUCCCCAUCUUCUAACCUUCCCGUGCCGCCUGCCAGGCGGGACUGAAAUCUCACACCCCCCCCGACGCGCCUCGCAGGGAAAUCCGUGCCCCGUCCCGGGAUUAUUAAUUCCAAGACGCGUCAGUCACCGAGGGAGGGAGCGCGUCACCAGCCGGAGUUCGAGGGCUGCCUAUAAAUUGGCGGGUUUCGGCACCUGACAGCUCCGUGAGGGGAGCCGGCGACAGCAACACCAAAGAUUCGGGCGGUCCACUGAAACCGAGUCCGUCCCCUUCCAGCUCCGGGAAUGAGAUUCCAUGACAGUUCCACCGGCCGCCCGUGAUUCUACCAGCAGCCGGUCCGGAGCAAAACUUGCGCUCAGCAAGGGUCGCUUACUUUGGAAGCCUGCUGCAAACAGACGGGCAAAGUUAUGUUCUAUUCUCAGUACACAGCCGUGCGCGACAUCGCUCUGCACGUCGCGGUCUCUGUGAUUCUUUCCUCGCCGAUGGCCUCGACGCAGUUACCAUGCAGUGUGAUUGAUGAGUUCUAUAUUGCCAAACACAAGUGUAUCCAGGAAAACUCCACCCAGGAGGAAGUCUUCAAUGGCACUGAAGUGGAAACACCUGGUUGUCCCAGUGACUGGCGUGCCCUGAUCUGCUGGCCUAGAAGCGUCGUCGGGGAGGUGAUCAACAGCUCCUGUCCGAGUUUCCUGGAUCCCUACGUAAUUCAACGAGGUGUGCUGUACCGAACUUGCACGGAGAAUGGGUGGAGUAACGUAAUGCCCAGUUUCUGGGAGGUUUGCGUAUUGCUGGACGACUCCUUGGAAUCUGGCAAGAAUUCCUCCCUUCUCGCUCUGAAACAAAUGUACACUGUUGGAUAUGCAACGUCCAUAAUUGCCCUAGUUUCUGCUAUUAUAAUCUUCAUAGCCUUCAGGAAACUGCACUGCACUCGCAACUACAUCCACUUGAAUCUCUUUGUCUCCUUCAUCCUCCGAGCAAUGUCGGUCUUCAUCAAGGACAUUAUCUUGUUCUCCAGCGGUGACAACUACUGUGAAACGCCCACGGUCACAUGCAAAGGAGCCAUUGCGUUCUUUCAUUUUAGCAUUCUGGCUAACAGCUCGUGGCUGCUGGUGGAAGGGCUGUACCUGCAAACGUUGCUCAGCCUCACCUUCGUGACCCACGCCAAGUACUUCUGGUGCUACUGCCUAGUCGGCUGGGGAACACCGUUUGUUGUAGUAACUGCAUGGACCUUCCUAAGAAUGUUUAUUGAUAAUGAAGGAUGUUGGGAGGAAAGCGGAAACAUGUAUAUCUGGUGGAUCAUAAGAGGCGCUAUAGUGGUUUCAGUUUUCGUGAACUUCCUGAUAUUUCUGAAUAUCAUCCGUAUUCUGAUUCAGAAGCUGGGAUCAUCAGACAUAGGAGGAAACUCGCGUGGUCAUUUCUCGAGAUUGACAAAAUCAACUCUGCUUCUUAUCCCUCUCCUGGGUGUCCAUUAUAUUCUGUGUGCCUUCCUUCCUGACCACGUGGCAGAGGACCUGAGAUUCCACAUCGAGCUUGGCUUGGGAUCCUUCCAGGGAUUUGUGGUGGCGUUACUGUACUGCUUCCUGAACACAGAGGUACUGACAGAGCUGAAGAGGUAUCGGCAGUCCUUCCAACUCGAGUGGUUUACGAACCUGACCAGGAGGCGCAGUCGGAGCACGUCGGCGGAGAUCAGCAACACAUAUAGCACUCAGCUGGCGUUGCUGGAGAAACUGGGUCAGCCUAGAAAGUCGCUCGCCUGCAAUAGCGGCUUGCAGACCACCUGAGCCCAGUGGGAGUGGGACUGGCGCCUUGGGCUUACUGAACGAUGGAAAGCGAGGGUGUCGGUGGGCUACGUUCCUUUUUGCGCGUCGCUUUGAUUUUCACUUCACUGACGCUUUGCUGGACGUGAUUGAAACAGGGUCAAGGAGAGGGAGGGGAUACCUAUGAGGGUGAUGUUCUGAAAUGUGCGGUGCUCAAACCUUUCGUCAGUUAGAUAGCUCUUAUUUUCUGUUCAAAUGCUUGCCUGCUGUCUUUCAUAGAAACAUAGAAAAUAGGUGCAGGAGUAGGCCAUUCGGCCCUUCGAGGCUGCACCGCCAUUUAUUAUGAUCAUGGCUGAUCAUCCAACUCAGAACCCUGCCCCAGCCUUCCCUCCAUACCCCCUGACCCCCGUAGCCACAAGGGCCAUAUCUAACUCCCUCUUAAAUAUAGCCAAUGAACUGGCCUCAACUGUUUCCUGUGGCAGAGAAUUCCACAGAUUCACCACUCUCUGUGUGAAGAAGUUUUUCCUAAUCUCGGUCCUAAAAGGCUUCCCCUCUAUCCCCAAACUGUGACCCCUCGUUCUGGACUUCCCCAACAUCGGGAACAAUCUUCCUGCAUCUAGCCUGUCCAAUCCCUUUAGGAUCUUAUACGUUUCAAUCAGAUCCCCCCUCAAUCUUCUAAAUUCCAAUGAGUACAAGCCCAGUUCAUCCAGUCUUUCUUCAUAUGAAAGUCCUGCCAUCCCAGGAAUCAAUCUGGUGAACCUUCUUUGUACUCCCUCUAUGGCAAAGAUGUCUUUCCUCAGAUUCGGGGACCAAAACUGCACACAAUACUCCAGGUGUGGUCUCACCAAGGCCUUGUACAACUGCAGUAGUACCUCCCUGCUCCUGUACUCGAACCCUCUCGCUAUAAAUGCCAGCAUACCAUUCGCCUUUUUCACCGCCUGCUGUACCUGCAUGCCCACUUUCAAUGACUGGUGUAUAAUGACACCCAGGUCUCGUUGCACCUCCCCUUUUCCUAAUCGGCCACCAUUCAGAUAAUAAUCUGUUUUCCUAUUUUUGCCACCAAAGUGGAUAACUUCACAUUUAUCCACAUUAAAUUGCAUCUGCCAUGAGUUUGCCCACUCACCCAACCUAUCCAAGUCACCCUGCAUCCUCUUAGCAUCCUCCUCACAGCUAACACUGCCACCCAGCUUCGUGUCAUCCGCAAACUUGGAGAUGCUGCAUUUAAUUCCCUCAUCCAAGUCAUUAAUAUAUAUUGAAACAACUGGGGUCCCAGCACUGAGCCUUGCGGUACCCCACUAGUCACCGCCUGCCAUUCUGAAAAGGUCCCGUUUAUUCCCACUCUUUGCUUCCUGUCUGCUAACCAAUUCUCCACCCACACCAAUACCUUACCCCCAAUACCGUGUGCUUUAAGUUUGCACACUAAUCUCCUGUGUGGGACCUUGUCAAAAGCCUUUUGAAAAUCCAAAUAUACCACAUCCACUGGUUCUCCCCUAUCCACUCUACUAGUUACUUUCAGUGGGUUAUGGGUUCAUUCCGAAAAGUCAUACGGUAUAGGAGAAGAAUUAGGCCAUCAAGUCCGCUCUACCUUUUGAUCAUGGCAGAUUAUUCUUACUAACCUUACUCAUGCUUAUUUAUUCUUACUAACCUUAUUCAUACUAACUCAUGCCUUCUCCCCAUAACCCUAAACCCAAAGCAUCUAUCAACCUCUGCCUUAAAUACACACUGACUUGGCCUCCACAGCUGUCUGUGGUCAUGCGUUCCACAGAGUCACCACCCUCUGGCUAAAGAAAUGCCCCCCCCCCACCUCUGCUUUAUGCACGGUAGCAUAGUGGUCAGUGAUCACCCACCCAUCAGGGUUCAAUACCAGCGUCUGUCCGUAAGGAGUUUGUACGUUCCGUUCGUGACCACACGGGUUUCCUUCCACAUUCCAGAGACCUAUGGGUUGGGGUUAGUGCGUUGUGGGCGUGCCAUGUUGGUGACAGAAGUGCGGGCUGCCCCACACAAUCCUCACAGAUUUGACUUGAUGUAAACGACGUAUUUCACUGUAUGUUUCGACGUGUGUGUGUGACAAAUAAAGUUAAUUUUUAAAAGGAGGCCCCUUUAAUUCUAUGCACUUGGAACCUGUGCCAGAUGCCUUCAUGAACACUCAUACGGCCGAGAAACAGGCCCUUCGAUCCAUCAUGUCCAUGCUAGCCAGCUAGUAUGGAUCUAUACUACUACCAGUUACAGGCAUUUGGUUCCUACCCUACUAGACAAUGGAGAUUCUAGUCCUCACCCAGAUAUUUCUUAAAGUUUUAUCUCCACCACCCCUUCCCCUGGCAGUGUGUGACAGAUUCAGAGCACCCUCUCGGUGGAAAUGCUUCUCCUCACAUUCCCAGUUGCAGAGGAGGUUUACGGGGAGGCUGCCUGAGUUAUGGAGAGAGGCUGGGAUCUUUCCAUUGGAGUGUAGGAGAAUGACUGAUGGGCUUCCAGAGGUUUAUACGGAGGCAGGGAUAGGGAUAGGGUGAAUGUACUCAGUUUUUUCCCCAGGGUUGGGUGGUCAAAACUAGAAGGCACAGCUCUAAGGUGUUCGGAGAAAUAGGGUGUCCCAGCAUGGCGAAUAGACCCAGUUACUGGGCCUGUUCCUGUAGGCUCCCACAAUCACUCACUGCAGUUAGCAAACAGCCUUCCAAACCAUCACUCUAAACUGUUCUGUGGUCAUGAAAACGCCUUAGAUAAAUGCAGACAUAAAACUGUUUGUUUGAUGACCUUGUGUACAUUAUGAUUUGUCCUGCGGUUGCUGUACAUGCUCCAGGUCGAUCCUUAAUGAUGUAAUUUCUAAGAACUAAUCUCUAAGCAGUUAAAUAAAUACACCUGUGGCAAUGGGUGUCCUG